AUGAACGCAUCGUUAGACGGCGCAAUUUUGGCGCCGCUCUUACCACUCGCGAGCAGCUUCACUUGGCUCGACAUCCUCCUGCCACCCUUGCUGCUGCUCGUCAGUCUCAAAUUGUACGACGUGACUCGUUCGAGCAACGAUAAGCCAGCGAGAACAAAGGCGCAUGUACUCAAAUGCAAGACGGCACACGCGCGCUUCCUUCCCAGGCCAUCGACUCAUCAGUUCUCUUACACGAUCACGUAUCUUGGCCUCGAUCUCGAUGCGCUCGAGUCGGGCGAAUUGGAUCUCGAGCCUCGCUUAUUCAGAUGGGGCGAGAAGACUGGCUUUGCAUUGACAAAGCUCAAGCCAUCUGGCUACUUGCGCUCGCUGCAGGAUAGCAGGGCGGAUGCUGAGCAAGGCAUCAAAGCGCGCUUGCUGGACGAACUAGCUACGCACGAUGUAGUGACGAGCGAAUUGGAAGUGAUCUAUAUGGUCACAAUGCCUUCUUUUUUAGCAUUGGACGAUAUCAAUCCCUUGACGACCUACUACUGCUAUCGUCGCUCCUGCGAUCCGGCAAAGCCCGAAGAGCUCGCGGUUGUUGUGCUGGAAGUACAUAACACUUUUGGCGAACGGCAUCUCUACGUGCUCAGGAUCGGUGUCGAAGAGGAUGUUCAGAUAAGCAGAGGAUACGAGCAUCAGUGGACGUUUCCUCGUGCCUUCUUUGUAUCGCCAUUCAAUGAUCGAUCGGGCUACUAUCGCUGCAGCGUUCGCGAUCCGCUUGCAUGUCGCAACAGCAUCAGUCUGGCUACGGCUCUACCGGAUGAAGCAGAUUACGAUAUCAGGCUCGUCUUGCUCACCGCAGACAAACAGAAGAAGCUGUAUGCCUCGCUCAAAGGUCAAGGCUUGCCGCUCACCGUCUCCAGCCUCUCGCGAGCGAUCAUCUCCGCACCGCUCGAUCUGUUGCUCACCACACCGCGAAUCUCCUGGCAAGCUGCAAAACUGCAUUUCAGCAAGAAGCUCUAUGUCUAUCCGCGCCCUGAGCCACAUGCGGAAGCGGUCGAUCGACAGAUCACCGGAGCUCAAGAAGGCGGCAAGGCUGCAAACGUCUUCUGGCAGUCUGCCACAUCGCUCGACCUCAUGGCAAGGGACUGUAUCAUUGAGUCCGUAAAGCGACUGGAUCUUGCACCGCCUGUCGAGCUCGCUCUGCAGCUUGCAGAUCCAGAUGUGAAGCCAAAUUAUGCUUGCACUUCUCCGAGAGACGGUCAAGCCGUCGUCCAGACGAAAAUCAAUUGCCAUUCGCCACUGGCUUUCAUUGACAUCUUAUUCGCACUGAAUGCGGAAGCGGCUGUCCUCGUGGGGUCACAGGCCGAACGCCGAUGGGACUGCAACAACAUUGGAGCCUUCUCAUCGCUCUUCAGGUCACAGCCGACUGGCUUCAUGGCGGGGUGCGUCAGCGCACUCCGGCGACAGCAGGCGCACUGGUAUCAAAGCUUUCUCAGCACGGAGGAACGCGCGACACUGCAAGACCGGCAUCCUUGUUUGUUCGACGCACAGGACUACGGCAUUCAGAUGCAUAAGUGGCAAGCUUUUCGAGCAUGCUACAUCAUGGCGAUCUCGAUGUUUUUUGAGCGACUUGGCUACUGGUCCUUUCGACUUGCCCGAGCCCGUUUCGUGCCAGGCACUGAGCCAUGGCGACCGCUGAACCGGCUUAUCCGUCGAGAAGACGAGCAGAUAGCUGCCGAGCCGAAACGCCAUGCUCCUGGCUGCGACACUAUCGCUCUCGUCCUCGGUAUCCCAGCAGCUCGCUCGAGGAUGGUCAGCUUGACAAGCAGGUCAAGUCCGGCCCACAGAGUCGCUGCAGGAGUGGCUGUGCUAGUCUUUAUUGGCCUCGUUGCCAUUCCACUCGAGGCACCCUAUAAGCGCUACCGACAUAGUGCGCUGCGAGCCAGCAGGAGACACCAGCGUCUGUUGCCUUCGACUGGCAUACGCAGUCCUCACCUCAGAGAUGGAAUCAGCAGGACAGACUACUGUGCUCAACCUGCCGCCCGACAUAGCAAUAUCAGCUUUGGCCUGUUCGAGUCUCCUUCAGUCUGCAAUUUGCAGACCGUCAACCUGGACCGCAAGACCAUCCAAUGCGCCGGGCCUUGCGCAGAGUUUGCGCAGGACAGUUGGCAGCCAGCGGAGAUAGUGUACACGAGCGAUCGAGAUCCCGGCGUCGUCUUUGCAAGCCGGCUCACUAAUGAGGACAUGCGAGAUUAUUCGAUCGCGAGCGCCAGUCCUCCUUCACAUCUACAAAAAGUCAUCGUACAAGCACGCAGCGACGACGAAGACGAUGAGGAACGCUUCUACGACUUUGCGUUCGAUCGGCAUUUGACCAGCGCGCAAUGCGACGAGUUCUUCCCGGGCCUGUUUCACGAAGCGGAUCGCGCUGCUUCUUGGUGGAACGCCCGGGGCGGUAUACAUCGUUCUCAAAUCGAUCGUGGCACGGUCGCCUCCCACGCACGCAUCCUCAUCAAGCGAAACAGACUGUAUAUCAAGCACUUCAGACCGGUCACUACAACGCGAGUCGAAGCUGCGAUCGCAUUGAUUCAUGAGGCGAUACUGAGUUCAGUCGAGCCAAUACCUGAUGUGGAACUCUUACUGCAUCUGGAUGACACUGGCAACAGCAAGCCAGGCGUACCGAUGCUAGUACUUGGGCGUCGCCCAUCGGAAGAGUUACUGUGGCUCAUGCCCGACUUUGGCUUCUACGGCUGGCCGGAAGCGAUACGCGUCGGCUCGUACAUUCACGACUACGACCAGACGCUCGAAAGUGAGACGCAUGCGUCAUGGAAGCACAAGAAGCCAACCGCUUUCUGGCGAGGCGCUUCUCUGGGUCUCAGAGAUCGGCAGAGCUUGGUAAACAACUCGCGGCCAUAUGGUUGGGCGGAUAUCGCUAUCGUCGACUGGCUGAAGGGCCCCAAAGGCAUCCUCAAUCCCAAGCAAACUUGCGCACAUCGCUAUCUAAUACACACAGAGGGGUGCGUGUCCAUUGCCGGCAUUGUCUACAGGUAUUUGUUGCUCUGUCGAUCGGUCUCUAUCAUGCGCAAGCUCGACUUUAUACAGCAUUUCCAUCCGCUACUAGAUUCAUCGCCUGGCUCUCCUUCGCAAAACGUUAUCGAGAUCGAAGGCAGCGACUGGACCGCGCUACCGGAUCGUAUGCAGAUGCUUAUCGCAGACGACAGAACGACGGAGGAAAUCGCUCAUCGGUCGUACACACUCUUUCGGCGAUAUCUCUCGCCUGCUGCGAACGAUUGCUAUUGGCGGAGAGUCUUUCAGCGGUGGUCAGAGGCCCAGAGAUUCGUGCCCAAAUUGACGUCUGGCUCGGUCCCGUACGAAAGCUUCGACCUGAUGAAGAAUGUCACCUGGCUACCUUCUUGA